CGCGCGGCCGUCAGCUGAUCGGCUGCCUGCUCGCCCGCUAGCCCUACCUGCCCUGUGCGCCCCGCGCUGCGGUCCGCUGUCCGACGUCCCGACCCGCCGCACCGCCUCCACUCGAAUCGAAUCGAACCGACUGUCAUCGAUCAUGACGAAUCGCUCCGUGUUCGCCCGAGGCCUGCUGGUCGCCACGUUGUCGGUGCUGGCGCUCGCCGCCGCCGCGGCGGCCGCCACAGAGAGCAGCGAAGGCGACGGCGACAAGAGCGGCCCGGCCGCCGCGCCGGUCAGCACGGAGGCUCCAGCCCAGGCGGUCGCGGAUCCCGGCUCCAGCUCCAGCACGGUGGGCCCGCCGCCUCCUGCGGCCGCCGACAGCGCCGCCGCGGGGUCCGACACUUCCAGCGUCGCCGUACCCAAUGACGUCAUGAGCAGCGGGAGCGCCAGGGAAGGCGCCGCCAGUCUCGCCGAUGCUCGUUUCAGCGCCGGCCGGCCGGAGGCUGGCGGCCGCAGCAGCGCGGUGAGCGGCCGCAGCAUCAGCAGCGCCAGCGGCAGCCCCGCCUCCUGGAACAGCGCCGUUCCAGCUCCAGCGCCCGCUCCGGUGCCGGCGGCGGACGCGGGCCAGUUCCACAUCCAGACGGACGAGGGCCCCGAGCGCUACUUCCGCUACCAGACGCAGAGCGGCCAGUACCGCAAGGAGAAGCGGCUGCAGGACGGCUCCGUCGUCGGCUCCUACGGCUGGAUCGGCGCCGACGGCGUCCUCCGCCUCCGGGACUACGUCGCCGACAACUCGGGGUACCGCGUGGUGCGCACCAAGUCGGUGUACGUGGGACGCGAUGAGCCGAUCGGCAGCGCGCUGGCCAAGAGCAAGUCUGCGCCCUCGCAGGGCGGCACCAGCUACCGCGCGCCCAUCGCCACAGCGCCCCCCACCCCGGCGCCGCUGCCCCUCUCCACGCCGCAGCAGGAGCCAGUCAGGCGGCCCGCCCUGGGCUACUCAGCUCCCGCCUUCAGCUUCAGCCCGCCGGCGUCGGUCAUCUACCCUGGCUACCAGCCCAUCUCGUCCAACGCCAUCCAGCCGCAGUACUCCGGUCUGCCGAGCAACUACCAGUACCAGACGGCGUCGCCGCCGGCGGCGGACCGCUACGACAACGCGGCGGCCGGCUACUACCAGAACACUGUGCAGCCGCCCGCGCAGGCGCACACGCAGUUCCCGCUCUACGACGGCAUCGCCACCACGCAGAACGGCUUCAGGUACUACCUGCCGCGUCAGUACCAGGAGGAGGAGACGCUGUCGCAGGACCGGCGAGCGGGCAGCUUCGGCUACAUCGACCCGUUCGGCAUCCGGCGCGUCAUCUACUACAACACGGCCCCAGACACCGGCUUCGUCCACCGCAAGAACAAUCGAUACGUCGGCUUCGACGCGACGCCCUACGACCCCCGCUUCUGAGCGCGUCGCCGGAUCCAGUAGUAGCUCUCCUGGAAAUAUGGCCCUCGUCUGCCGGACACUUGCUCUUUAUUGCUGCUGUUAUACCCGCUCUCGCAAAGGCAAAAUGCCCAAAGUUAUUACGUUAGUAUUCGAGAGUUUCCGAGAUCAUAUUUUUCACCUUCCCUCCUUCUGCUCAUUCGCAAGUAUUUGAGGUGCUCCCAUGAUAGAAGAUACCACGGUCUCUGACAAUGCCCUCUGCUACAGCUUUAUUUAUUUAUUUAUUUUCAUGUGGCCUUCAAAUUUUCUCUGAGUUUACAGCUAAGGCAGAUAUAGUGCAGUACAAAUCUUCGAUUAUUUUAAUCGAGACGAUAAUGGUGUAUUGAGGAAAACGCAAACUUGCAAUAUGUAAACUACGUUCUCAUAAUUCACUUAGCUUUUGGCAGGGCUAUACCAUAACACAGGAGAAUCAGUUUUAUUAAAUGCCAAUGGUAGCUUUACAAAGACUAUAUAUUAACACGACCGCUUUAAUUCCUAGACGUUUAUCAAGAGCUCCGUCACAACACAACUCCUGUUGUGGCUGAGCACGUCCUAAUGGCCUAAGGCCCAAACGUAAUUAUGCACUUUUCGUGGUACUGGAACUGUCAUUAAUAAAACUGAUAACGACAGUUGUAGAUUCCCAAGUCCGAUAUGAGAAUCGUGGUUGCAAAAACAAAAACAAAAAAAAAAAAAAAAAAAAAAAGAAACCUAACAAGAGAAUCUAUUCCCAGUUUCGCGUCCCUUUUCGUACAUAACGAAAUAAAUGUAAAACUUUUCCUUUUUUGAAGCCAGUGUUUCGGGUUUAACGCCGUCCAGCUCUUUUUAUCUUGGAUAGCUCUAAGCAUCUCUAAAAUCUUGCUACAAGCUACAUCCACCAGAAUAUGUAUUAAAUAUUUCGCAUUUCGGUUUUUAUCUUCUUCAAGAAUUUUCGUCCAUCGUCACGUUAGCUAUCUUGGAUGCACCAGCUGUCCUUCACUUUGGUAACUGUCUUCUAGACUUCUAACCUAGAUUAUUCUUUCUUCUACCUCUUAUUUUCUUAGUAUAUAUGCCUAUUUGAUUUUUAAUGUUUUUCCAUACCACUGCAAUCCAAAUCGUCUCAGUUUCUUCUUGUGUGAACUUCUUAUGAUCUGUUCUAUUGUUUUUUAUAUAUAUUUCCUCCUAUCUCUGUUAUUAACUCACAUUUAUAUGCAACGUAGCCUGUCAAUUCCAAGUGUUCUCUGCUUUCCGCCAAAAGGCCGUUGGUAUCUCUGCAUCAUGACAAUACAACUCGCAAAUUCAUCGCUCAAAAAUUAUCAAGCUGGUUUUCUGAUCAUUGGUCCUACAAAUUCUAGAAAUAAAUGGGAACGUCUGUGCCAGCUCUUAUAGCAGUCAUAAUCCUUUGUUCACUUAAUAUACGGGCGCCACAGCAAUUUUUUUAUUUCACUCGCGGAUAUAGUAAUUCUGAUCGACGAGAAGCAGGGCCAUAUUUCCAGGCGCUAAUAGGAUUGGAACUUUGGAUGCGCUGCAGCCGCAGAAUCUUCUCACCGUCCCCGUAGCAAACAGAGCGAGGUUCGCACGAGUGAAGCAACACCCACGCGUUGUCCGUCGCACAGCUCGUGAGUGGUCGCAGGGCGGUGCCCGUCUACUCCAGAGUUUCCGCCUCGAGGUCGAAGCUCUGUCCGAGUAAACGUGUUGCCGUCCCUUCCCUUCGUUCUUACGCACCUUCAGACCCCCACCAUUAACGCGGAAAACCAUCUAAUUAAUACGACACUCUUUCUAACAUAAAAACGAGUACAUUUUUCUGUAUUUACAAGGCAUUUACUGACACCCUAAAUCACUUAAGGCAGCAUCGACUCAUACCCAUAUACUCAGACAUAUCUUUUCAAGUAAUAGUUUAUAAACGGUUGGAAGUACUGGAACACGUUAACAGACUGUGGGAAGAUACAAAAGGGAUAGAAUUUUCUAUGUGGUUAAUAACAUUUUUAUGAAUGGAGAUGAUGAUUCAUCGAUGUAUUUUUAAUGGAACUAUACACUUCUUCCGGAAUAUUCGACAGUUCUUGAAAAGAGGAGUGCAAUGAUUAGCUUGUCAAGUCUCCAUACAGUGAAGCUGUUCGAAGAAAGAGGCGAGGGAUGUGCUAAAUAUGAAAACGCAGUUUCAUCUCCAGUGCCACAUAAACAUUGCGUAAUGGAGCAGCACUCUCGGUAUCCAUAAUUACAAGACUUUCCACGCCUCUUAACGAAAUGUGAUAGCGCUAACUUUAACGAGCGUCAUAUGACUGUUCACUUCUUUUCAAAGACUCACCAAUUCCGUAAAAAAUUAUAAUUCUGUUUCAAACCAUAGGCGUCUCAAUGUCUCGGAAAGUAAAGUUGCUAGCAUUAACCGUAAGGGAAAUACUCUUCCCUUUGCCUACUGGUAUCUCGUCUUUAUAUAUUCUGUUCUUUCUGAAACAGUAGGAAUGACAUUUUUAUGUGGUCCUCCUCUAUAACUAGCGCAAUUUGUUAUUUAACAAUUACAAAAUAGGCAUUGUCAUUGUUUGAUUAUACUUCGGUGUAUUGUACGAUUUACCUUAUCAGGAACUGAGAUAUGUUAUCAGCAAUUUCUAAAAUUUUCACAUCUCCCAUUUUCACGUUCUUACAUUUAAUAACAAGUUUUUAAACUUAUGCCGUUUUUUGUUACAUAUUUUCCUACCCAACCUCCAGUCUUAUGCAGGACAUUUUCUACAUUUAAGUACCUUCCCCUUGCAUUACUGCAGAAGACUACAUAACUACUUGCAAGGAACAUAAAAGAAUAAAAAACGAAACGAUCCACUUAGUAUACCUGAAACUUCCCACAUCCCAGCAUCUGUUCAUCCAUUCCCAAAAGUGACCAUAUUUGUACAUUCAUUCCUUCUUACGUUCUAUUUCCCUAUUUGGUUCUCACUAACGAGGAUAGUGAUGUCACUGUAGUGACUACAAGCAGCUAUACUCCCACCUAAUAACUUUAAAGACGACGUCCAAAACGGCUGCUAGCGAAUUACGUCGGUGUUCGAUGCGUCGUGUUGGAAGAUGAAGACAGCAACGCAAUGUUAACCAUUUUCAUAACGUAACUGUUAUGUUUGUCUGCUUUCACGUAGUUUAUUCCUUAUCACACUGUUUCACGUUGAACAUUUUAGGCUAGAGUAGAUUAGACACUUUUUUAUUUAUAUCUUACACGAUGGUAGCAAGUAAUUUAUAUUAAAUAUUGCAGUGCAAAUAGUACAGUUGUGAACUGUAACACUCGAGCCUGUACAAAUUUGAUAUGAAUAAAAAGAUUUGUUACAA